UAUAACGUGUACCUGCACAGCACAUGCAUCAAUAAAACUUGGGCACCAUCAUCCUGGCGUGAGCAAGCUACGCUUGUGUAUGGAUGCAACAGUCGCGGAAUCGUCGGGGUCGCCCGACCACCUUCUGGUGCUGGUGCACGGUCUGGCGGACACCAAGAGUGCAUGGGACCGAUGCGUAGUGGAGUUGCGUAACAUGCCGGACGCGGGGAGGUACGUGUUCCUUCAGUCGGCGGUCAACGCCCGUUGGCGCACACAUCACGGUGUGGACGUGUGUGGCCAGCGCCUGGCGGAGGAGAUAUGCGCACUGCUGGCCACAGCGCCCGGGCUCACGCACGUCAGCAUGAUCGGGCACUCCAUGGGCGGAAUGAUCGCCCGCUACGCCGCCGGGCUGCUGUACCGGCCCGCCGACGGCACCAUUGCCGGCCUCACGCCCCGCCACUUCGUCACGCUGGCCUCGCCGCACCUUGGCCUGACAGUGGAUGCGGGGCCCGCGCAGGUGCCGUUCGUGGCGUGGGCCGGCCACCUGCCGGUGCUGGGGGGAGCGCUGCAGCGGGGGCUGCAGGCCAUUGGGCACGGUGUGGCGGCUCGGCUGUUCAGCGGCACGGGCCGUCACUUCCUGGCGCUGGACGGCGGGCCUGGAGAGCUGCCGCUCCUCAUCCGCAUGACACUGGACGAGCCGGACAAGGGCUGCUACUUCUUCUCGGCGCUCCGGGCGUUCCGCACACGCGCCUGCUACGGCAACGUGGGCCGAGACCACUGGGUGAGCUGGCAGAAUGCCACACUCCGUGACACGCCGCAGCUGCCGGAUCUGGAUCCACAGCUGGUGCGGCGGGGGCGCGGCGUGGUGCGGGACGACCCGCCGGAGGCCGCCUGGAGCCGCGCCAGCAGCAGCUGCGGUGGCGGCAGCAGCGAUAGAGGUGCUGUUAGGGCAGCAGCUGCAUGCGGCGCUGGGAUCGGCGGUGGUGGGAACGGCGGCGGUGGUGGCAGCAAGCCGGAAGCCGACGCCACGAGAGGGCCGAGCGGGACAGAGGCGCAAGCGGGGAACAGGAGGGACCAAACUCAGGCGCCCGGGGUGGCGGCAGCAUCGAAACCAGCUGAUAUGGAACAGGAGCGGCUAGACCAAGGCGGCGAGGCGCACGGCGCUGCAGCAGCUGCAAGAGUUGAUGCAGGCACGGACCGUGUGGCCCCGGCAGGAAAGGACAUCUCAUUGACCGCAGCGACCGCAGCAGCUGAAGCGGGACCCGGGGCGGCAGCCGGGGGUGCGGCGGCGGCGACCAGCGCGGGCGAGGCCCAGGAGGUCGCGGACGCGGACGAUGUCGAGUUGGAGGACUCACUGACGGCGGCGCCAGAGUCUCCAUCACAGGUGGUGUCGUUCGCGCUGGGGCGGCUGCAGCAGAUGCCGUGGCGGCGAGUGGACGUGAGCUUCGCCGGGGCGCGCAUGGGCACUGCACACAACAACAUACAGGCCACCCGCUGGACCAACACGGUGGGCGCGGGGGUGUUGCGACACCUGAGACAACACCUGGAGGCCAUGGAGCUGCACGUGGCCGCACACAGCCCAGGGCGCGCGGCGUGAUGAAGGGUGCUGGAGGGAGCGUGACAACGGCCACUCGAAUGCGACAUGCUCGUGUGGUGCUGGAGGGCCUCGUGGGACAAUGUGUUUGGAAAGCACAAGGGAAGAAACACUGUGUAUGCGAUGCAGGGACAACGGUUGCGUGUGUCGCUGUACGGUAACCACUGAGUGUGAUACUUAUUUGAUGUUUGUGAGCUGGGCGCUGUUCGGUGUUGUCGUGUUGAUUGCGUUUCUCCGCACUCCGACAAGCUCUGGUCCGGCUGAUGUGAGUAUGUAGCUUGUGACGCGCGCAGCAAAUGCCCGCAGACACAGCCACUCAGUUAUGGCGUGCUCUUGUGGUGGUGUGGUGGCCUCGUGGGACAAUGUGUUAAGAGAGCGCGAGGGAAGAAAGACUGUGGCAGGAUUGUGUAUGCGAUGCAGGCGCGAUGAUUGCGUGUGUCGCUGUACGGUACCCACACAGUUUUGGUAUGAUUGUGAGGUGGGCGCAGUGCGGCGUUCAUUACGUUCCUCCCGCACUCUGACAAGCGCUGGCCUGUCUGAUGUACCGUAUGUAGCUUAUUACGGCUGGUGCCAGCGGACACAGCGCCUGACCCAGCAAAGGUCACCGUACGGAUGACUUAGAACGUGAUGAAACGUGCAGACUGUAUGAGUAACGGGGGUCCCG